UUCUCUUCUCCACAUCAACAAAGAAGCAAAAACAAAGCCUUUCAAAGAAUCUCAAAAUCGAACUCACUUUGAAGCAACAAUACUGACUACACAUAACUUUGAAAAUGUCUUCUUUCACGGCGACUGCGGCGGUUUCUCGGAGAUGGGUCGGUGGCAAUCAUACUCAGCCGCCAUUAUCGUCUUCUCAAAGCUCCAUACCCAUGACAAGUCGUGUCCAACGAAAGCUCAACGUUUCCUCUGCGCUUCACACUCCUCCUGCUCUCCACUUCCCAAAGCAAUCCCCCAACUCUCCAGCCAUUGUCGUUAACCCCAAAGCUAAAGAAUCCGACAGCAAGCAAAUGAACUUGUUCCAGAGAGCAGCUGCUGCGGCGUUGGACGCGGCGGAGGGGUUCCUCGUGAGCCACGAGAGACAGCAUCCACUCCCAAAAACCGCCGACCCUAGCGUUCAGAUCGCCGGAAACUUCGCUCCGGUGAACGAACAGCCCGUCCGGCGUAAUCUCCCGGUGGUCGGGAAAAUACCGGAUUCCAUCAAAGGAGUGUACGUGCGAAACGGAGCUAACCCGCUUCACGAGCCGGUGACUGGCCACCACUUCUUCGACGGAGACGGGAUGGUCCACGCCGUUAAAUUCGAAGACGGUUCGGCUAGCUACGCUUGCCGGUUUACUCAGACAAACCGGUUUAUCCAGGAGCGACAAUUAGGCCGACCGGUUUUCCCCAAAGCCAUCGGCGAGCUUCACGGUCACACCGGUAUCGCCCGGCUUAUGCUAUUCUACGCCAGAGCUGCAGCUGGUUUAGUCGACCCGGCACACGGAACCGGAGUAGCUAACGCUGGUUUGGUCUAUUUCAACAACCGGUUAUUAGCGAUGUCGGAAGACGAUUUGCCAUACCAAGUCCAGAUCACUCCAAGUGGAGACUUGAAAACCGUUGGCCGUUACGAUUUCAACAAACAGUUAGAAUCCACAAUGAUCGCCCACCCGAAAGUCGACCCGGAAUCCGGCGAGCUAUUUGCUCUAAGCUACGACGUCGUUUCGAAGCCGUACUUAAAGUACUUCCGAUUCUCACCGGACGGGACAAAAUCACCGGACGUCGAGAUCAACCUCGAUCAGCCGACGAUGAUGCACGACUUCGCGAUAACAGAGAACUUCGUGGUUAUACCUGACCAGCAGGUCGUUUUCAAGCUCCCGGAGAUGAUCCGCGGCGGCUCUCCGGUGGUUUACGACAAGGACAAGGUCGCAAGAUUCGGAGUUUUAGACAAAUACGCCGAAGACUCGUCGGCCAUCAGGUGGAUCGAAGCGCCGGAGUGUUUCUGCUUUCAUCUCUGGAACGCUUGGGAGGAGCCGGAGACAGAGGAGGUCGUCGUGAUCGGGUCGUGCAUGACUCCGCCGGACUCGAUUUUCAACGAGUCCGACGAGAAUCUCAAGAGCGUCCUCUCCGAGAUCCGGCUGAACCUCAAAACCGGUGAAUCCACUCGCCGUCCGAUCAUCGCCGACGGAGAGGAGCAAGUCAACCUCGAAGCGGGGAUGGUUAACCGGAACAUGCUCGGCCGGAAAACAAGGUUCGCUUACCUCGCUUUAGCCGAGCCGUGGCCUAAAGUCUCCGGCUUUGCUAAAGUCGAUCUCUUUACCGGUGAAGUCAAGAAAUACCUGUACGGCGGUGAGCGUUACGGUGGAGAGCCUCUGUUUUUACCAGGGGACGAGAACAGAGGAGAGGACGAUGGUUACAUCCUCUGUUUCGUUCACGACGAGGACACGUGGAAGUCGGAGUUACAGAUAGUUAACGCCGUUAGCUUGGAGGUUGAAGCAACGGUUAAACUUCCGUCGAGGGUUCCGUAUGGGUUUCACGGCACGUUCAUCGGAGCUAAUGACUUGGCGACGCAGGUGUGAGUGUUAUGUGUACGUAUAGGUGAUGAUGAAGAAGCUUCUAGAAGAUAAAAAGAGAGAGGGAUUUAUCAGUGGGAUGGUCUGCAUAUACGUCCCCGGAAUCUUCUCCUCUUGUGGUUUUUUCUUGCUGUGUUUCUUUCUUUGUUCAUUUUUUUUCUCUUGGGGUGCAGUUUGAUAUUUCCCUCUUUUUUGGGGUCAAUUUAGAAGUCUGAAAGAUUUUGAGGGACCAGUUUGUAGCUUUUGGGCUGUAGGGUAGUAGCCUGGCCGUUCGAGCUCAGCUGGUUUCUGUUAUUCUUUCACUUAUUGUUGUUCAUAGUGAGAAGUAAAUAUUAUAAUAAACAAGAGAUUGUGUUGAUUGUAUGUUUGUAGCAAACAUUUGGCUUUUAAUAAUCUUUUGUCUAUGGUUUAAUGUUAUUUUAGUUGAAUCCGUUUUACUUAUGGAAUGGUUUUCUGGUUUG